GUCUAGUCAAGCAGAAACUCGACAUGAGGUGUAACGGUAGACAUCUAGUUACAUGUCUCUACAGUUUCCAAGCACACAGCGUCCACUGCAGCAAUCCUCAUGUUCUACACAUUGUUCUUUCGACUGCAAACACCGUCCUCUGACACACACUCCUUCUCGUGGAUUGAUCAGCUUGCAGUUGUGUGGUGGACAACACUUCCUAUGUCCGGCACCAUCACAAUACUCUCCCACUCGAAAACACAUUCCGUUCUCAGCUGAAAUCUCCGCUGAAACAUGGAAACAACAACAAAAACAACAACAAAAACACUUCUAUAUUAUCAUUAUUAUAAUUAUCAUUAUUAGUAUUAUUCAAUCAACAAUAUUUAUCACAGUCUCAAUCACAACCACAAUCACAAUCACGAUCACAAACGCUAUCGCACAAACUUCUAUGCCUACUACAAACAAUCAAUCACACAGCAAACACUACCAGUUACACCAUUUCUACUCUCAAUCCAACCGUCGUUUCCACCACCAACACAGUCACCACAACAACUGAAUCAUCAACCAACGCUGUCGAUUGUACCAACUAUAUCACAAAUUCUUCAAACAAAACCACUACUAUCAUUACCAAUGCUGACACUCCCACAACAAACAUUCACACUACUAACACCACAAACAAUCAAUCCACAAUCUCUGCUUCGCCCACUACCAACACCACCACCACCACAACCAUCAUCACCAUCAUCAUCAUCAUCA